GAGAAAGAAGUAGAAGUUCUUGAAAAGCCGCGCGGUUGUAUUUCAAAAACUCUAAAUCAUUGAAGAUCAUAGAGCAAUUAAGCUGUAGGGAUAAAAAAUGUCGUCCCCAUUCCAAAGUUUGCUACUCGAGGUGCAGAACUCAGCGUCUGGCUCAUCACUGGGCUCUUGGAGCUGGCUUGCAUCAUCGCCCCAUUCGACGGGUGGCACAAGUCACGCCACUGCAUCACAUAUCAUACCUGAUUCCAUUCCAAGAAUACGACGUGAAGUGAGUGCAAGGACACCUUCAACAUCGUUUGUUAACAUGAAAGAGAUAGAACGAGGCCCUGCACCAGGAUCUUCGACGACGACAUGGGUAGACACAUCUUUUUCAUCAGCGCCUCGUGCAACAUCUUUACCCCCUCCUCCCCAUCUAAAGAAGUCAAGGACUUCACCAUCCCAAACAACUUCCUUCCUCCUUGCGAAAGAGUACAAGGAUAUUCUGCGAAGUAACCUGCCUUACAUGAGCGCAUCGCAGAUGGACCAGUAUAACGAGUUUGCAGAUUUCCUAACCGGGUCAAAAGACCACUCCUGGUCCAACCUUUUGGCACACAGUCCGGCAAUGAAGAAUCAGCGGAAAUUGCUAGGAGCCGAAGAAACGGAGAAGAUUAUUGACGAUGUACCUCUACUGCUUUUUCAAUUGUGUCCAGUUCAGCGCUAGUACGCGUCUGCGAUUGUGCGAAGAUCCUAGGUAGCAGGGCAGACUCAUAUACAGACAGCAAUCUUCAAUUUCCUAUCCUGUGAUAUUCAUUAUCACACCAGUGGUUUGAUUUUGUGAAGCAAUACAUAAAUGCCUUCACGACAUCCUCCUUAAUAUCACAACAGGUAAUAACCGAGUACGGCAAGCAGCGCAAAACAGGCGCUAAAAAAGAGGGCGAGCAAGCGAUACGGGAUGUAGCCCCACUGCAGAAUUACCUAGAAAAGCUAAAACAAAAUCCGGAAGGCUUGUUGCAGAACAUUCAAGGGUUAUUGGACAGUGGCAAAAACAACCUGCCUAAACAAAUACUUGGAGGAGUCAAAGACAUGAUGCAAAUGAGCAAUAUGCAAGCGGCAUGAAGAUGGACAAAUCAAUAUUAUGACAAAGUAAGGAGAAGUUCUUGUAGUAUGCAAGAAGAAAGGAAAGUAGAAUGUUGAUUUUGAUUUUUUGCACAGGGGACGAAGGAUGCAUGGUUAUCAUCGAUCCCAGAUUAUUUUCGGGUAAGAUGUUGUACAAUGACACUGUACAACAAGGUAGAUACUUUUUUUUCUGACAUGGAUGAUAGAUGAAGAUUUACAACAUACUGGAAUUGCAGCCGAUGUUGCAUGAAACAAUUGCAGCAGGCAGUCUGUUCAAUAAGACGACACGGAAUCGGAGAUGCGAAAGCGGGG